AUGACACUCACUCUUCAACUGGUUGUGCUCCUUGGCUUGAGCAGUGGACUGUGGAUGGGAGCAAAUGUAAGUAUUGCUUGAUUUUGAUGCGGCAUCAUGGGCUGUACUGCAAGCUGUAGAUGCUGGAAAAAACAAAUAUAUUGGUGGCCCUUGAACUCAUUAAAGUCAGAGAAAAGCAUGUUUACAUAAAAAAAAAACUUACUUCCAUGCUUACUCCCCAUUUAAUUAAUUCCAAAUAAAUCUGAGAACAUUGAAAAAGGAAGGCAUCACAACUGAUAUGACUGUAGUUCACAGAAGUUGAACCUUUUGGUAAAAAUGAAUUUGUUUUUCAGCACUGUUUCCACAAAGUUACUUUUUUUCACAAAGUCGUACAUAUUGUGAUACUUUCCUCCAUGAUUUAAGUCCUUUCUCAGAAUCAUGAGGGUAAAUUUCUCUUGUAGUUUGUAGACAGGAAAGUUACCUAAGGUUUAAUCUUUUGGAUUUAUCUAUUGUUAACAUUGUGUUUUCUUAAUUCACAGGCAAAAUGUCCAAAAAAAGGUUGGUACACGGUUUUCUUGACUUUUGUGUACAAGGCUGUACACAGUAGGUACAAUUUUGUGUCUGCAGCCAAGCUUGAGGUGCUCUAUAGCUGCUCAGCCUCGUCUCAGUUAUCGACUCAAAGUUACUGAAUGAAUAGAGGAAGAAUUAUAUCAUCUUAAUAAGCAGCUGCUACACAAUUUAACCAUUAUUGAAAAAUUACUAAUAUUUAAUGUCUAACAUGACAUUUGUGUUUGUAGGGGACUGCUGUAUGGUUUGCCCUGAGGGGUGGAUGAAGCAUGACUCUCGCUGUUACAUGUUUCACGCUAAAGCGAUGGACUGGUGUGAUGCUGAGGUUCUUAAUUAUAAGAUACCUAUGAUUCUGUAUUUAUUUAAUGUCUUUGUUACAGGAUACAUUUGUAGGACCUCAGUCUGAUGCAAAUAUUAUAAUUUUAGUCUAUAUUCAAUCAUUUUUGAUGUUUAUCCAAUGCUCCCUCUUGCUUUGUUUGCUGUCCUUAGUCCACUUGCGUGAAGGAAGGGGGCAAUUUGGUUUCCAUACGUAAACCUGAAGAUGCUGACUUUCUGAGAAAACAGGUGGUCAAGUUAACAGGACAGAUCAGACGACUAUGGCUUGGAGGUUAUGUGGCGCAUAAGGUCAGUGACGAAGUAUACUUACCAUUGUAGGAAAGAUAGAGGCUGCCAGAAAACACUAGUUGAACAUAGUUGAGGUCAAUAAACAGCAGAAAAAAAUGGUAGAUUUAUUUUUGGGAAACUGUUCCAGUAUUCUGCCCUUUUUCUUCCCUUGGUGGCAUUUGGUAACCUCUGAUCCAAUUGAGUUUUUCAGUAAUAAAAAUUAUUACAUCCUGAUCAGAUCUUUUUUGUUUUUCUCAGGAUCAUUGCUGGAAAUGGAGUGAUGGCUCAGAUAUAACUGGCUUCACUGGCUGGGGUGCAGGUGAGCCAAACAACGUUGAUGAAAAAGAACACUGCAUGGAGCUGAUGCACACAGGUACAAAAUUACUGUUAUUACCUUUUGUGAUUUUUGAGAAAUCUUUUGGUUAUUUUGAAUGCGACAAACUACUUAAAGUCUUUAAGAAAAGGUUAUCUGUUUAGAAGGUUGAACAACAGAUGUUUACAUGUUGAACUUAAGGAUGAGUUAUAAUAAUCACCCAGAGUUUGAUCACUUGGUUAUGUGUAUGUUUUCAUACAGACCUCCAGCCAAUCAACGAUGCUCCAUGUGACGUCCUUAAAGGCUUCUUCUGUGCUAGAGACCCUGAAAUGCAACAAGAUUAAAGGCAACAUCUUCAGUGGUACUGAUGUCAUUGCCUUGGCUGUCCUCACAUGUUGAUGAAUCAACGAAAUGUGUCACAAUAAACAAGUUCUUAGCAUUCAGUAUGAUGCCUCUGUCCUCAUCUGUCCAACACCAACAGUCACAAUAUCUCACGUUUCAUAACAGAGGAAAAACAGAUCGUAUAGGUUGCCUUUGAACACAGUAACACAGUGUAUAAAUAUAAACUGCAUGUGCUGAUCUAACAUAAAAAUAGAAUUGGAUCGUAACCUAGUAUUGAAUGCGAUCAAAUAAUUUACCAAUCGUCUACCACUUUUGCUUUUCCUUCCCUCUCUGACAAAUUUUAUGAUUGCAGUAUUCUUCAGAUUACACCUUUUAUAUGAGCUUGGCAUGUCUUACUUUCAGGUCUUGCAGCUUUUCAGAGCUUAGUCAUGGCUCACACAUACUUAUCUUGCAACAGACUUAUCUUACAGACUAGCACAAUGUGCAGCAAUCCCAAAGACAGGGAUACUGUCUUUGAACAGUCCUUUCAGCUAAGUUUCUCAGUCCUGCUACUGUCCCUGCUUAUCCUGGAUCACAGCCAUCUCAUGGUGUUCUAUUAUGGACAUGCCCGCCCCACUAUAAGCUUCCUUUUUUAAUUUCGUACUGAUUUGGCUAAAGUGAGCCCUAAGCUCCUUGGGUUUGUUGCAUAGUACCUACCAUUUUACUGAAAACUGGUUGAUUUGACACAACUCAGACUCCCAUGUGGAUCUACCUGGCUUCACUCUCAUGAGGUUUCCUUUUUUAUUUGUUAAAGAGAGACAGUGUACAUUAAUGAACAUUUUAAAAAGAUAAAAUGUAAAUGGACCCAAUUGUAGCCGCAAGGCUAAUUUCCAUUGGUAGUCCCCCUGCCAGAAGGAACAUGGCUACCUAAAAAGGUGGGAAAUCAGCAACUACAUAAAAAUGUAGUUGGUGUAGGUGGGGUGUUAUUUUCUCUAAGAAACAAUUGAUACAGACUCUACAUCCUGUUUACAAAAAAAAACACUAGUGGUGGAUAGCUCCUUUCUCUUUGCUGAGGAAUGGAGGGAUUCAGAAGAUCCUUUGUACCCACAACCAUCAGACCUUUUAAUUCUUCUAAAAAUAGAUGACAUGUGAUUCCAGACAAACAUAUCCUGCUGCUAGGAUUGCAAAGUGGCACAGCUACUGGAACAGCCUUGGCAGCCAGACAACCCCAGGGACAGAGAGAGGCAUCACCCCAGAUGAAUGUCUCGCUACUGGCCAUGACCAGCCUUGGACUGUCUAGAAAACCUUAAACAACCUGAGGGUCAGUGGAGGAUGUUGCAGGGCGUUCAUGAAGAAAUGGAACCUAACUUCCAAUGCAAUUGGCAGAUCCUAAUGCCUUUGCACUUGCCUUUAACAACCACUGGAGAAACAUGAUACAAAACAAGAGUAGACAAGAAAUGAAUUCAAUUGAACAGAGAUGGGAAAAAAGGAUUUCAAACCAUUGUAAUUUGCGCUCAUUCAUAUUUUAAGAAAUGCCCAAACUUCACUGGGUUUGUGGUUUGUAUGUCAUUGGAAACCUUUGACUUAUGAUGGCAGAGGACACAGAAAUUUGCAAUCAUUUUUACUUUUGUGAAUACCAUGCGAAACCAAAAGCCAAUUAAAGGCUUACGUUCCUUGUUUUUCAUCAACUUCUAAUUUGUUGCAGCUCUCUUCAUUGUCAAGGGUUAAUUUGUAGAUCUAAUUUGCAUCUUCAGUAUUUACUUGAUUAUAAUCUUGUUGACUGACAGAGAAAAUUGUUUCAGUAAAUACUAGUUGAUUAAUUGAUUGAUUGAUUAUACUCACUGUAUGAGUGAAGGUCAGAGGGCAUCUGACCUUUAGACCGAUGAGCAAAAUAUCCUGAAAUUAUGUGAAUCAACAGGAACCCUUCUUUUGCAGUCAGCAGCUGACAUCUUUCUAGAUAGGUUGUUAGACUUAAGAGGAAUUAACUUAAAAAUAACUUGAGAGAGGGCACUGAUCAAGAGGUUCAGUUGAUAAUUCCUUGCAUUUCAUAAAAAGGUAAAGACAGAGCCCCAAAAAGCUGAAGAAUGGGAUGACAUUUGACUUCCACACCCCUAACUGUAUUCUUCUCUGCUCCUAAAUGUUUUAACAAGCAAAAACUACAGAAUGUUACAAGAUGACGUAUCUGCUUGAAGGGUAGAAAUGUGCAGCCAUGCUCCCGGCUUGGAUGGUUGAAAUGCGUACAUGCUGUCCCGGUUUAAAUGGGUUAAGUAAGGGAGAAGACACAAACAAGCUUGUACACAAAUAUAAUAGUUAUCUCAUCCUUUGGCAUUGCCUUUAUACCAUCAUAAUCAGAAUGGACUGCUGGUAAAAGGAAGGUAUUUUUAUCGAAAGUUGUUGCUGUUGUCGCCUUCUAUUUUUUUUAUAAGACAGUUUGUGCCUUUAUUCUGAUAUGGGUUGACUGUACUUUGAGGGUGACAGAAUAAAAGAUAGAAAAUCUGAUAUUUCCAAAUAGUAACUGCUGAUGGCAUCAAACCCACAGCGCAAUAAAAGCUACAUCUCACCGGCACUCUUCACCAUGCACUCUACCCACUCACCCAUUAAUUUCUCUGUAAUCCAUGGGGUUGGUGUAGUAUCUGACAUGUUCACGGUUAUUCCUGUGUUUAAAAAGGGUCUCAAUUUAUGUUUCCAGACAAGAACAUCAUUCAUUACAGAUAAAGAUUAACUUAAUGUAAGACAUGAGUUUCACAAAGCAUCUUUCGGAAGCCCGUCGGACAUUCUCGUAGAUGCAGCUAAACUAAGCCUGACAGUAAGCCUGCCUGGGACUAGGCUUGUCGCGCUGGCUGAGUUACCAUAGUUAUCAAACCACGCAUGCCCUGAGCCUCGUUUGUGGAACCUAACUCUCACUAAAGUUAGCAAGACUAACAGAAAUAAGCCAGGCUUUGAGCUAAGCUAGCUUCGUGGAAUACCCCGCUGAUGCAACACAAUGGUAAACAUGCCAUGUCUGAAAUGUUUGAAACCUGCAGCUGUAUGGGUGACGAGGCCUUAACGUGUUUGCACAGUGUUAAAUGAAUCAUUCUGGUAAAAUAGUACAGGCUUGGGUUUGUCACCAUAAUGACCAAGUGACGACUGAUGAAAUAUUUCAUUAUGUGUCUAAUAUGCCAAUGAAAACAUGAUUAAACAAAGAAGAGUCCACCUCACUCAUGAGAAAGUGUGAUAGUUCGAUAUUCAGUAUUUAAUUUUUUAUGACGAAUAUCAAAUAAAACAUAGAGGUGAUAUAACCUUAAAUUAAUGAUGUGAGUGUUUGAAACUCUAAACAUUUAUGUAGAAUCCAUUUUUUAAAAUGCAUCCUUGUUCUUAUCUAUUCAUCAUGGUGAACAUUUUCCACAAAUAGUUUUUCAAUUGCAACUGUGAUAUAAAGCUGUUAAAAAAAAAGAGUUUAUUGUAUGAGUAAUAUUGUCCUAGUUCUUUCUAGUAAUAUGCAAAUUUCCAAAUCAAACCAUCAGUAUAAGGUAUAAAAGGAGUAGUUUCUCUCCAAGACAUUGUCUGAUUUCUCCAAAUCCAGCCUUAACUGAUCAUCACAGCAAGGUAGGAGUUUGGGUCUUUCUUCUUUUCACUGUAUUUGCUGCCUAUAAUCUUGGUUUGUUCCUCACUCUAUUUCAUAAUUUACUAUAAUGGAGGUAACCACGAUGUUAUUCCAUUAUAAUUGAAAAAGAAAUAUCUUAAAGCUACAAGGAAAUUCUACAACUGAUCUGGAACAGCUUAUCACAGUCCUGUUUUUAUCUAAAUCGUGAACCAUGAAUUAGCUAGAAAUUCAUAUCCCUACAGUGUGAAAAUGUUUUUUAAUUUGAUGAGUUUUCUGUUACCCAAGAUCAAAGAUGGAUCUGCGGUAACAUUGAAGUCCUCACUAAGAUGAAACAUUGAGUAAUGACUUCCAAUAAUGUAUCUUGAGUAGACUGAAGAAAAAAAAAAAUUUUAAGUUUAUACAUGUACAAUGACCUUAGAUAACGCAAGUGUCUGUGAAAGAGUUUUACUCUUACAACCUCUGAUCUCUAAGCAGAUGACACUCACUCUUCAACUGGUUGUGCUCCUUUGCUUGAGCAGUGGACUGUGGAUGGGAGCAAAUGUAAGUAUUGCUUGAUUUUGAUGCUGCACCAUGGGCUGUACUGCAAGCUACAGAUGCUGGAAAAAAAACAAGUAUAUAGGUGGCCCUUGAACUUAUUAAAGUUAGUGAAAAGCAUGUUUACAUUAAAAGAACUUACUUCCAUGCUAAGUCCUCAUUUAAUUAAUUCCAAAUGAAUCUAUGAACAUUGAAAAAGGAAAACAUCACAACUGAUAUGACUGUAGUUUAUGUGAAGUUAUACUUUUUGGUGAAAAUGAAUUCCGUUUUUAGUUCUGUUUCCUAAAAAUACCUUGUUAUUAUGAUUUAGGUUAAAUCUCUUAAGCAUUUAUCUAUUUGCUAACCUUUUUUUUUUCAUUCACAGGCAAAAUGUCCAAAAAAAGGUUGGCAUAUUUAUCUUUUACUUUUGUGUACAAGACUGAAAAUACAGUAGGUAUAAUAUUGUGUCUACAGCCAAGCUUGAAGGGCUCUAUAGCUGUACAUCCUUAACUCAGUGAUCAACUCAAAGUUACUGACCAGUGUGUAAAGGAAAAGACUUAUUUCAUCUUAAUGGGCAGAUGGCUAAAUAAUUUAACCAUUAUUAAAUGAUUAUCAUUAUUCUGUCUUACAUGACAUUUGUGUUUGUAGGGGACUGCUGUAUGGUUUGCCCUGAUGGGUGGAUGGAGCAUGACUCUCGCUGUUACAUGUUUCAUGCUGGAGAAAAGGACUGGUGUGAUGCUGAGGUUCUUAAUAAUAAGAUACUUGUGAUUCUGUAUUUAUUUAACAUCUUUGUUUUUAGAUAAAUUCGUAGGACCUCAGUCUGGUGUAAAUAUGAUUAUUUAACUCUAUUCAAUCAUUUUCAGUGUUUAUCCAAUGCUCCCUCUCCCCUUUUUACUGUCUCUAGUCCACUUGUGUGGCGCAAGGGGGCAAUUUGGUUUCCAUCCGUAAACCUGAAGAUGCUGACUUUCUGAGAGGAAAGGUGCAAGAGUUGACAGGAGCGAUCAAACGACUUUGGCUUGGAGGUUAUAAGGCGCAUAAGGUAAGUGACGGAUGUAUACUUACCAUUAUAAGAAAGAUAGGGGCUGUAAGAAAACACUACAUAGUUGAGGUCAAUAAACAGCAGAAAAAAAUGGUAGAUUUAUUUUUGGGAAACUGUUCCAGUAUUCUUCCCUUUUUCUUCCCUUGGUGGCAUUUGGAAACCUCUGAUCCAAUCCAGUUUUUCAGUAAUAAAAAUUAUUACAUCCUGAUCAGAUCUUUUUUGUUUUUCUCAGGAAACUUGCUGGAAAUGGAGUGAUGGCUCAGAUAUAACUGGCUUCACUGGCUGGGGUGCAGGUGAACCAAAUAACGUUGAUGGCAUAGAACACUGCAUGGAGCUGAUGCACACAGGUAUGAAUUUUCUGUUAUCGCUCUUUUGUAAUUUUUGAGAAAUCUUUUGGUUAUUUUGAAUGCGACAAACUACUUAGUCUUUAAGAAAAAGUUUAGAAGGUUGAACAACAGAUGUUUACAUGUUGAACUUAAGGAUGAGUUAUAAUAAUCACCCAGAGUUUGAUCACUUGGUUAUGUGUAUGUUUUCAUACAGACCUCCAGCCUAUCAACGAUGCUCCAUGUGACGUCCUUAAAGGCUUCUUCUGUGCUAGAGACCCUGAAAUGCAACAUGAUGCAACAUGGAAAAUCAUACUUUUUUAACGAAAUGUGUCACAAUAAAGAAGUUCUUAGCAUUCAGUAUGAUGUCUCUGUCCUCAUCUGUCCAACACCAACAGUCACAAUAUCUCACGUUUCAUAACAGAGGAAAAACAGAUCGUAUAGGUUGCCUUUGAACACAGUAACACAGUGUAUAAAUAUAAACUGCAUGUGCUGAUCUAACAUAAAAAUAGAAUUGGAUCGUAACCUAGUAUUGAAUGCGAUCAAAUAAUUUACCAAUCGUCUACCACUUUUGCUUUUCCUUCCCUCUCUGACAAAUUUUAUGAUUGCAGUAUUCUUCAGAUUACACCUUUUAUAUGAGCUUGGCAUGUCCUACUUUCAGGUCUUGCAGCUUUUCAGAGCUUAGUCAUGGCUCACACAUACUUAUCUUGCAACAGACUUAUCUUACAGACUAGCACAAUGUGCAGCAACCCCAAAGACAGGGAUACUGUCUUUGAACAUAAAUGCCUUUAUAGGUAUGCCUGAUAUUGUAAGUGCUGGGGUGACAGUAGUAUGUUCUAAGCAACCCCUGUCAGGAAUUUGAACUAAUUUUCCAUAAUGCUGUAUAAGUCCUUUCAGCUAAGUUUCUCAGUCCUGCUACUGUCCCUGCUUAUCCUGGAUCACAGCCAUCUCAUGGUGUCCUAUUAUGGACAUGCCCGCCCCACUAUAAGCUUCCUUUUUUAAUUUCGUACUGAUUUGGCUAAAGUGAGCCCUAAGCUCCUUGGGUUUGUUGCAUAGUACCUACCAUUUUACUGAAAACUGGUUGAUUUGACACAACUCAGACUCCCAUGUGGAUCUACCUGGCUUCACUCUCAUGAGGUUUCCUUUUUUAUUUGUUAAAGAGAGACAGUGUACAUUAAUGAACAUUUUAAAAAGAUAAAAUGUAAAUGGACCCAAUUGUAGCCGCAAGGCUAAUUUCCAUUGGUAGUCCCCCUGCCAGAAGGAACAUGGCUACCUAAAAAGGUGGGAAAUCAGCAACUACAUAAAAAUGUAGUUGGUGUAGGUGGGGUGUUAUUUUCUCUAAGAAACAAUUGAUACAGACUCUACAUCCUGUUUACAAAAAAAAAACACUAGUGGUGGAUAGCUCCUUUCUCUUUGCUGAGGAAUGGAGGGAUUCAGAAGAUCCUUUGUACCCACAACCAUCAGACCUUUUAAUUCUUCUAAAAAUAGAUGACAUGUGAUUCCAGACAAACAUAUCCUGCUGCUAGGAUUGCAAAGUGGCACAGCUACUGGAACAGCCUUGGCAGCCAGACAACCCCAGGGACAGAGAGAGGCAUCACCCCAGAUGAAUGUCUCGCUACUGGCCAUGACCAGCCUUGGACUGUCUAGAAAACCUUAAACAACCUGAGGGUCAGUGGAGGAUGUUGCAGGGCGUUCAUGAAGAAAUGGAACCUAACUUCCAAUGCAAUUGGCAGAUCCUAAUGCCUUUGCACUUGCCUUUAACAACCACUGGAGAAACAUGAUACAAAACAAGAGUAGACAAGAAAUGAAUUCAAUUGAACAGAGAUGGGAAAAAAGGAUUUCAAACCAUUGUAAUUUGCGCUCAUUCAUAUUUUAAGAAAUGCCCAAACUUCACUGGGUUUGUGGUUUGUAUGUCAUUGGAAACCUUUGACUUAUGAUGGCAGAGGACACAGAAAUUUGCAAUCAUUUUUACUUUUGUGAAUACCAUGCGAAACCAAAAGCCAAUUAAAGGCUUACGUUCCUUGUUUUUCAUCAACUUCUAAUUUGUUGCAGCUCUCUUCAUUGUCAAGGGUUAAUUUGUAGAUCUAAUUUGCAUCUUCAGUAUUUACUUGAUUAUAAUCUUGUUGACUGACAGAGAAAAUUGUUUCAGUAAAUACUAGUUCUGUCACACAAUAUAAACAUACAUAUUGGCUUGUCACAAUGGUGUGCCCUUUCACCCUUGCUCGAUGUUGUACACUGAUGGUUGAUUUAUUAAUUAAUUGAUUGAUUGAUUAUACUCACUGUAUGAGUGAAGGUCAGAGGGCAUCUGACCUUAAGACCGAUGAGCAAAAUAUCCUGAAAUUAUGUGAAUCAACAGGAACCCUUCUUUUGCAGUCAGCAGCUGACAUCUUUCUAGAUAGGUUGUUAGACUUCAGAGGAUUUAACUUAAAAAUAACUUGAGAGAGGGCACUGAUCAAGAGGUUCAGUUGAUAAUUCCUUGCAUUUCAUAAAAAGGUAAAGACAGAGCCCCAAAAAGCUGAAGAAUGGGAUGACAUUUGACUUCCACACCCCUAACUGUAUUCUUCUCUGCUCCUAAAUGUUUUAACAAGCAAAAACUACAGAAUGUUACAAGAUGACGUAUCUGCUUGAAGGGUAGAAAUGUGCAGCCAUGCUCCCGGCUUGGAUGGUUGAAAUGUGUACAUGCUGUCCCGGUUUAAAUGGGUUAAGUAAGGGAGAAGACACAAAUAAGCUUGUACACAAAUAUAAUAGUUAUCUCAUCCUUUGGCAUUGCCUUUAGAUUACCAUCAUAAUCAGAAUGGACUGCUGGUAAAAGGAAGGUAUUUUUAUCGAAAGUUGUGGCUGUUGUCGCCUUCUAUUUUUUUUAUAAGACAGUUUGUGCCUUUAUUCUGUUAUGGGUUGACUGUACUUUGAGGGUGACAGAAUAAAAGAUAAAAAAUCUGAUAUUUCCAAAUAGUAACUGCUGAUGGGAUCAGACCCACAGCGCAAUAAAAGCUACAUCUCACCGGCACUCUUCACCCUGCACUCUACCCACUCACCCAUUAAUUUCUCUGUAAUCCAUGGGGUUGGUGUAGUAUCUGACAUGUUCACGGUUAUUCCUGUGUUUAAAAAGGGUCUCAAUUUAUGUUUCCAGACAAGAACAUCAUUCAUUACAGAUAAAGAUUAACUUAAUGUAAGACACGAGUUUCACAAAGCAUCUUUCGGAAGCCCGUCGGACAUUCUCGUAGAUGCAGCUAAACUAAGCUUGACAGUAAGCCUGCCUGGGACCAGGCUUGUCGCGCUGGCUGAGUUACCAUAGUUAUCAAACCACGCAUGCCCUGAGCCUCGUUUGUGGAACCUAACUCUCACUAAAGUUAGCAAGACUAACAGAAAUAAGCCAGGCUUUGAGCUAAGCUAGCUUCGUGGAAUACCCCGCUGAUGCAACACAAUGGUAAACAUGCCAUGUCUGAAAUGUUUGAAACCUUCAGCUGUAUGGGUGACGAGGCCUUAACGUGUUCGCACAGUGUUAAAUGAAUCAUUCUGGUAAAAUAGUACAGGCUUGGGUUUGUCACCAUAAUGACCAGGUGACGACUGAUGAAAUAUUUCAAUAUGUGUCUAAUAUGCCAAUGAAAACAUGAUUAAACAAAGAAGAGUCCACCUCACUCAUGAGAAAGUGUGAUAGUUCGAUAUUCAGUAUUUAAUUUUUUAUGACGAAUAUCAAAUAAAACAUAGAGGUGAUAUAACCUUAAAUUAAUGAUGUGAGUGUUUGAAACUCUAAACAUUUAUGUAGAAUCCAUUUUUUAAAUGCAUCCUUGUUCUUAUUUAUUCAUCAUGGUGAACAUUUUCCACAAAUAGUUUUUCAAUUGCAACUGUGAUAUGAAGCUGUUGAAAAAUAAGAGUUUAUUGUAUGAGUAAUAUUGUCCUAGUUCUUUCUAGUAAUAUGCAAAUUUCCAAAUCAAACCAUCAGUAUAAGGUAUAAAAGGAGUAGUUUCUCUCCAAGACGUUGUCUGAUUUCUCCAAAUCCAGCCUUAACUGAUCAUCACAGCAAGGUAGGAGUUUGGGUCUUUCUUCUUUUCACUGUAUUUGCUGCAUAUAAUCUUGGUUUGUUCCUCACUCUAUUUCAUAAUUUACUAUAAUGGAGGUAACCACGAUGUUAUUCCAUUAUAAUUGAAAAAGAAAAAAUAUCUUAAAGCUACAAGGAAAUUCUACAACUGAUCUGGAACAGCUUAUCACAGUCCUGUUUUUAUCUUAACCGUGAACCAUGUAUUAGCUAGAAACGCAUAUCCCUACAGUGUGAAAAUGUUUUUUAAUUUGAUGAGUUUUCUGUUACCCAAGAUCAAAGAUGGAUCUGCGGUAACAUUGAAGUCCUCACUAAGAUGAAACAUUGAGUAAUGACUUCCAAUAAUGUAUCUUGAGUAGACUGAAGAAAAAAAAAUAUUUCAAGUUUAUACAUGUACAAUGACCUUAGAUAACGCAAGUGUCUGUGAAAGAGUUUAACUCUUACAACCUCUGAUCUCUAUGCAGAUGACACUCACUCUUCAACUGGUUGUGCUCCUUUGCUUGAGCAGUGGACUGUGGAUGGGAGCAAAUGUAAGUAUUGCUUGAUUUUGAUGCUGCACCAUGGGCUGUACUGCAAGCUACAGAUGCUGGAAAAAAACAAGUAUAUAGGUGGCCCUUGAACUCAUUAAAGUUAGUAAAAAGCAUGUUUACAUUAAAAGAACUUACUUCCAUGCUAAGUCCUCAUUUAAUUAAUUCCAAAUUAAUCGAUGAACAUUGAAAAAGGAAAACAUCACAACUGAUAUGACUGUAAUUUAUGUGAAGUUAUACUUUUUGGUGAAAAUGAAUUCCGUUUUUAGUUCUGUUUCCUAAAAAUACCUUGUUAUUAUGAUUUAGGUUAAAUCUCUUAAGCAUUUAUCUAUUUGCUAACCACGUGUUUUCUUUAUUCACAGGCAAAAUGUCCAAAAAAAGGUUGGCAUAUUUAUCUUUUACUUUUGUGUACAAGACUGAAAAUACAGUAGGUAUAAUAUUGUGUCUACAGCCAAGCUUGAAGGGCUCUAUAGCUGUACAUCCUUAACUCAGUGAUCAACUCAAAGUUACUGACCAGUGUGUAAAGGAAAAGGCUUAUUUCAUCUUAAUGGGCAGAUGGCUAAAUAAUUUAACCAUUAUUAAAUGAUUAUCAUUAUUCUGUCUUACAUGACAUUUGUGUUUGUAGGGGACUGCUGUAUGGUUUGCCCUGAUGGGUGGAUGGAGCAUGACUCUCGCUGUUACACGUUUCAUGCUGGAGAAAAGGACUGGUGUGAUGCUGAGGUUCUUAAUACUAAGAUACUUGUGAUUCUGUAUUUAUUUAACAUCUUUGUUUUUAGAUAAAUUCGUAGGACCUCGGUCUGGUGUAAAUAUGAUUAUUUAACUCUAUUCAAUCAUUUUCAGUGUUUAUCCAAUGCUCCCUCUCCCCUUUUUACUGUCUCUAGUCCACUUGUGUGGCGCAAGGGGGCAAUUUGGUUUCCAUCCGUAAACCUGAAGAUGCUGACUUUCUGAGAGGAAAGGUGCAAGAGUUGACAGGAGAGAUCAAACGACUUUGGCUUGGAGGUUAUAAGGCGCAUAAGGUAAGUGACGGAUGUAUACUUACCAUUAUAAGAAAGAUAGGGCCUGUAAGAAAACACUACAUAGUUGAGGUCAAUAAACAGCAGAAAAAAAUGGUAGAUUUAUUUUUGGGAAACUGUUCCAGUAUUCUUCCCUUUUUCUUCCCUUGGUGGCGUUUGGUAACCUCUGAUCCAAUUGAGAUUUUCAGUAAUAAAAAUUAUUACAUCCUGAUCAGAUCUUUUUUGUUUUUCUCAGGAAACUUGCUGGAAAUGGAGUGAUGGCUCAGAUAUAACUGGCUUCACUAGCUGGGGUGAUGGUGAGCCAAACAACGUUGAUGGCAUAGAACACUGCAUGGAGCUGAUGCACACAGGUAUGAAUUUUCUGUUAUCGCUCUUUUGUGAUUUUUGAGAAAUCUUUUGGUUAUUUUGAAUGCAACAAACUACUUAAAGUCUUUUAGAAAAAGUUAUCUGUUCAGAAGGUUUAGCAACAGUUAUUUACAUGUUGAACUUAAGGAUGAGUUAUAACAAUCACCCAGAGUUUGAUCACUUGGUUAUUUGUGUGUUUUUUCUUACAGACGUCCAACCAAUCAACGAUGCUCCAUGUGAUGUCCUUAAAGGCUUCUUCUGUGCUAGAGACCUUGAAAUGCAACAAGAUUAAUGCAACAUCUUCAUUGAUCCGACUGGAAUUUACUUCACUGUCAUGUGAUUAAUCAAAAUGUUUGACAAUAAACAUUUCAGCAUUCAGUAUGGCGUCUUCUAUUGAUCUGCCCAACACUUACAGUCAUGCUUUUCCAACUAAAAAAAAUUCACAGAAUUCACACAAUAUAGACAAAAAUAAAUGGUUUUAAAACAACAUUUUUGGCACUUAAAUACAAACAGACAAGUCAGUAACAGGGGUCAAGUGGUUUCUCAUUAUAGGGACCUUUAAUGUCAGUAAAAUAUGUAAUGGUUCUACAGUUAUCAAGAGAUCAGCCUGAAUAACAGCAGUGGAUUAAUAGAAGCUAGCAAGUUUGGCUGAAAAAAUGAAUGGAUAUUUAGACUGCAUCUUUUCCAGGUCAUUGUUAUAAGCAAGCAAGUGAACCACUUGUAGCAAUGAAACUUGCAUGCCUGAAUGCAACUAUAAUUAUAUUAUUCAUACUUAUAAAACCAAAACUAGCACUAUGUAUAGCAAUUAAAGCAGAGCACAUUUGCACAUUGGGUUUGUCACAGCUGUGGGAUGUGGCAGCUGCAGCCUGACUACUGGGGACAGGUCUGCUCAAACAGUCCGACCGCAGCAAGAAGAAAGGACUUGUGGUAUCUCUCUGUCACACACUACGGGUGAAGAAACCUGUCACUGAAUGAGCUGCCCAGUCCUAUUACAGUGCUCUGCAGGGGGUGGGAAACAUUGCCAAUGAGAGAUGAUAGUUUAGCCAUCAUCCUCCUGCCCCUCAUCACUUUGACAGUGUCCAUAGGGCAGCCCAGAACAGAGCCAGCCCCCCUCAGCAGUUUGUUCAUUCUGUCCCUCUCUGUAGCUGUGAUGCUGCUGCUCCAGCAGACUACUCCAUAGAGGAUGGCUGAGGCCACCACAGAGUCAUAAAAGGACUGCAGGAGUGCUCCCUGCACCACAAAGGACUUCAGUUUCCUCAGUAGGUGGAGUCUACUUUGGCAUUCCUGUAGAGGGAGUUAGUGUUGUCAGUCCAGUCUAGUUUAUUGUUCAGGUGAAGACCGAGGUACUUGUAAGAAUCCACAAUCUCAAUGUCCUUCCUGGUGUGGGAGUGAUCUGCACCUGCAAAAUCUACCACCAGCUCCUUGGUUUUUCCUGUGUAGAUCUGGAAGAAGUUCCACUGAGACCAGUCCACAAAGUUCCGGUUCAGUUCUCUUUACUCCCCCUCAUCAUCAUCGGUAAUGAGGCGUUCAAUGUCUGCAUUGUCCAAGGACCUCUGCAGGUGGCAGCUUGUAAUUGGGUGGGUGAAGUCUGCAGUGUACAGGUUAAAAAGGAAGUGAGCCAAAACUGUCCCCUCUGGGGCCCCUGUAGUGCAGACAGCAGUGUCAGAAUAGAGUCACAGGCCCUCAUAAACAAACCUUGGUGAAAGGGUCUGGAACUGCUCAGUUUAUCCCAUUUAAAAGACGUAUGAGCUGCCUGAUGGGUCUUGCAAUGCCUGGCCAGAGAGCCUUUGGAAUUUCUUAAACAUUAUAAAUGUCUUCAACAGAAAAGAAAAUGUAAAUUCAAAAUCUUGCUCAUUGAUGGAAAACCUCCAAAUUUCAAGGUAUUAAUAACAUAUUUAUAACAGGAAAUAGGCUUUACCAAAACCGUAAAUUAUUUCACAAGAAAAAGACCUCUGCAGAAGACUGUACAUGUGCGAAGAUCUUUUCGGCACACAUACAGUACAGGCACAAGUGACGGCACAAGUCUUUGAAUUAAGGAAAUUAAGGAAAGAAAGGUCUCAAAAUAGUUCUGAGCUCCUUUUAUCUCUUAUGAGAGACCUCAAGCUGAAUUUUAGCCAUUAACAAUCAGGUCAUCUUUGUUUGUUCACAUAUCUUUAAAUGUACCUGGCAUAAUGAUUUUUAACACUGACUAUAUAAUGUCUGACCGAAUUUUUUUCUUUUGACCCCUCACUGAUAUGUACUUAUAUUGUCAUGCCUGAUCUAGACUCUGAGGUCAUCCCACUGCAUGCUUAACUCCCCAUGGGGUAGUAAUGCUUCUACACCAAUAAGUCAAACUAACUGUACCUUCUCUGCUCCUGAUGUGGUUGCUACCCCUUCUCCAUUUGUCUCAGUGCUGGCAGGCAAUGAGUUGUCCUUGCAGAUAUCACCAAUAACAUUGCGCAGGACAAGAAAAAAAAUAGACAGUCUGCCAACCUACAUAAAUGGAAAUAACUGCAACAAAUAAAAGGAGAUGAGGAAAGAGAGAAAACGAAUAGAAACAAACAACAAAUGUUAAUAGAGAUGUAUGCUUAGGGUGUCAAAAUCAGUGGAACAGGUAUGUGUACUAUUUAAAGGAAUAAUAUGUUAAUGACAAGAGGCUGGUCUUAAUUUAAUUAAUGGCAGAGCAUUUGUUAACAUGUAUUUUAUGUUGAGAUAUUGUUUUUGAGACAAUCUUUACUUUGUUCAUGUUUAUAUUUGCCUUGAGUGUAGCUUUCUUAUGACAAUACUUGUCCCAGAGGCUUCUUGUACAGACGUUUGCUGCCUGUGAAAGCCUUGCACACACUGUGAGUGAUUAUGGACUGAUCUGCUAUGACAGAAUUUUAAUCCACCAACUUUUGGCAUAGUUACAACUUAAAAUGGUCUCAGAAUUUUACAUCACGACAAAAUUAUACGUUUAAAUCCUUAGAAAAUAAAUGAAUGGAGAAAGUCAUUUAUAUAGUGCCAGAUGGCACAAUUAAGAUUAUUAGAGGGAAGCAGUACUGGCAAAAUACAUGACUGAAACAAGGUAGAUUUUAUGAAUUUAAAAUGAGUAUUUUAGAAAUUCUAUUCAGAGUUAUCCUAUGAAACAUCUAGGAUACUAAAUAUUUAUUUUGAGUACAUAGGAGACAUCAGACUUUCCUUGGUUGUUUAAAAGUAAUGAUCCCUUUAUUACCCACUCUUAACCCUCAAGUAAUUAAAAUAAGUGUUCAUUGACUUUAGGCAUUAAGUGUAAUGAUUGACUGAUGGCAAGGCCUCACUAACAGUUUUUAGGGUAGGGCGUUAAUUUGAUGAAUAUAGGCAAGCAUGAAUGUCACCUCAAUGAUCAGGAGAUGACUGAUUUCUUAGAGGGUGUAGGCUCAAGAUGCAAAUAAAGCGAUAAUUAAAAAAAGUAAAGGGCAUCAGCUUAAAAGCUUUUAAGUGUACUUCUUUAUGUGAAUUCCUUUUUUUAGAAUACAUCCUUGUACUUGUUUGUUCAACGUGGUGCAGAUUUUCCACUAAUAUUAUUUUAAUUGCAACUGUAAUUAAGGUUCUACCUAGUAAUAUGCAAAUUUCCAAAUCAUACCGUCAGUACAAGUAUAAAAGGAGUAGAUUCUCUCCAAGACGUUGUCUGAUUUCUCGAAAUCCAGCCUCAACUGAUCACCACGGCAAGGUAGGAGUUUGGAUCUUUCUUCUUUUCAUUGUAUUUGCUGCAUAUAUUCUUGGUUUUAUGGCUAACCCUUUUUAAUAAUUUACAAUAACAAAGGUAAAACAAGAUGUCAUUCCAUUAAAAUUAAAAGAGAAAUAUCUUCAGUGUACGAGGAAAUUCUAUAACCCAUCUAGAACUGCUUAUUGGUGGUCCUCAUGUAAAUCAAACAUUGAAUAAUGACUUCUAGACUGAAGUAUUUUUUUCCAUCUUUAUAGACGUACAAUGACUUUAGUUGACACAAGUGUCUGUGAAAAAGUUUAACUCUUACAACCUCUGAUCUCUAUGCAGAUGACACUCACUCUUCAACUGGUUGUGCUCCUUGGCUUGAGCAGUGGACUGUGGAUGGGAGCAAAUGUAAGUAUUGCUUGAUUUUGAUGCUGCACCAUGGGCUGUACUGCAAGCUACAGAUGCUGGAAAAAAACAAGUAUAUAGGUGGCCCUUGAACUCAUUAAAGUUAGUGAAAAGCAUGUUUACAAUAAAAGAACUUACUUCCAUGCUAAGUCCUCAUUUAAUUAAUUCCAAAUUAAUCGAUGAACAUUGAAAAAGGAAAACAUCACAACUGAUAUGACUGUAGUUUGUGUGAAGUUAUACUUUUUGGUGAAAAUGAAUUCCGUUUUUAGUUCUGUUUCCUAAAAAUACCUUGUUAUUAUGAUUUAGGUUAAAUCUCUUAAGCAUUUAUCUAUUUGCUAACCAUGUGUUUUUUUCAUUCACAGGCAAAAUGUCCAAAAAAAGGUUGGCAUAUUUAUCUUUUACUUUUGUGUACAAGACUGAAAUUACAGUAGGUAUAAUAUUGUGUCUACAGCCAAGCUUGAAGGGCUCUAUAGCUGUACAUCCUUAACUCAGUGAUCAACUCAAAGUUACUGACCAGUGUGUAAAGGAAAAGACUUAUUUCAUCUUAAUGGGCAGAUGGCUAAAUAAUUUAACCAUUAUUAAAUGAUUAUCAUUAUUCUGUCUUACAUGACAUUUGUGUUUGUAGGGGACUGCUGUAUGGUUUGCCCUGAUGGGUGGAUGGAGCAUGACUCUCGCUGUUACAUGUUUCAUGCUGGAGAAAAGGACUGGUGUGAUGCUGAGGUUCUUAAUAAUAAGAUACUUGUGAUUCUGUAUUUAUUUAACAUCUUUGUUUUUAGAUAAAUUCGUAGGACCUCAGUCUGGUGUAAAUAUGAUUAUUUAACUCUAUUCAAUCAUUUUCAGUGUUUAUCCAAUGCUCCCUCUCCCCUUUUUACUGUCUCUAGUCCACUUGUGUGGCGCAAGGGGGCAAUUUGGUUUCCAUCCGUAAACCUGAAGAUGCUGACUUUCUGAGAGGAAAGGUGCAAGAGUUGACAGGAGCGAUCAAACGACUUUGGCUUGGAGGUUAUAAGGCGCAUAAGGUAAGUGACGGAUGUAUACUUUCGGGAUCAAUUGAUCCAAUUGAGUUUUUCAGUAAUAAAAAUUAUUGCAUCCUGAUCUGAUCUUUUUUGUUUUUCUCAGGAAAAUUGCUGGAAAUGGAGUGAUGGCUCAGAUAUAACUGGCUUCACUAGCUGGGGUGAUGGUGAGCCAAACAACGUUGAUGAGAAAGAACACUGCAUGGAGCUGAUGCACACAGGUAUGAAUUUUCUGUUAUCGCUCUUUUGUGAUUUUUGAGAAAUCUUUUGGUUAUUUUGAAUCCAACAAAUUACUUUAAGUCUUUAAGAAAAAGUUAUCUGUUCAGAAGGUUUAGCAACAGUUACUUACAUGUUGAACUUAAGGAUGAGUUCUAACAAUCACCCAGAGUUUGAUCACUUGGUUAUUUGUGUUUUUUUUCUUACAGACGUCCAACCAAUCAACGAUGCUCCAUGUGAUGUCCUUAAAGGCUUCUUCUGUGCUAGAGACCUUGAAAUGCAACAAGAUUAA